ACUGUUCCUGCGCUUGCGGGUUGCCGUUUUAAGCAUCAGAAGGAAAAUUGGGCCGUUAUGAAUAUAUGUCACAAAAUGAAGCUAGCUUCCUGGUUGUUUUCACGUGUUCAAGUAACGUGCAGCGAGCUGACAACGUGAAGUUUUAAAAGUGAAACACAGACUUCAGUCUUAAGCUGUCAAGAAACCGAUGGUGAAGACAGAGAGCUGAUGGAGCUCGCUAUGCACUUUGUGGUAGUCAUUGCCGUAACGGUAGUGGGUUUGUUAUCUGCCUCAGUUCCUGCUGCAGCGGCCCAUAGCUGUGCGAUUGCUCGCGUGAAAUGUGCUUACCGAAAAGGCUGCGGGACGGCUCUCAGGAGUUAUAUUAUCGAUUGUGCGAGUGUAUUAGCCGGGAAAGCUUCGAGCUGCUCUACUCUGUGUAAACGUGCAUUGAUUUCUUUGACUAGUACUCCAGAAGGAAAAAAACUGAUGGCGUGUGACUGUAACGGGUCAGAAUUCUGCCAGUUGAGUAAAGAACGUGUAGAAAUUUGUCGUCCCGAGGUCAGUCGGGCUACAGCCGAAAAUGUUGUUGUUUCUUGUUCCGUGGCUCAUUGGAUUUGUGCGGCUGACCCACCGUGUUCAGCAGCUCUUGGGUACUACCACCACUUCUGCCAUAAGAUGUUUCACGGAUAUCAGUGCACUCAUCGCUGUAACAAUAGUCUAGCAAUACUUAAUCGUCAGGUUAAAGCCGAAAAACUCAGGACAUGUUACUGCGACGGAACUGAAGACUUCCCCUGCCGGCAAAUGAGGUCUAAUACGGAACGUUUGUGUUUUGGCAGGGACGACUUUGAGAUUGGAAAGUCUUCAGCUGAAAACGAGAAAGGGCACAGUCGGUCAACUGCUCCGCCAAAACACGCUCACGUGCUUACGUGGGCGCUGUUGAUUUUAGACUUUAUUUCAAUUUUCAGAGGCUGGUGUCGUCUUGAAAUACGGAAAAUCUACAGAAGGUGACACAAAAAACAGCUGUUCGAGAAGAUCUCAAUGGAUGAUG